UUUAAGGGGACUCAUAACAGCGUAGAACGCUAUGUUGUCUCGUGUGUUACGAUUUAGUCGAGGUAUGUUUAGUCCUUUAAAUGUAAGUCUCUGGGAAAUAUAAAAAAUAUGAAAGCAUAAGCGCAUUCGUUGUUAUCUGAGAUGACCACAUUUCGUCUGUUAGACUUUUCUAAGCGUUACUUUGUCGUGAAACUCGCGUCUUUCCUGACCCCGGCACACCUCUGAGCCCGCAGGUUCACACCGAAUAACUGUCUGUCAUGUCUGUACCACGCUGUGUUUGUGCAAUUUAACCCAGAUUACCCGCAGUAAUCACUAAUAAUUUCAAACGAAGAGCUCUCGUUUUGUUGCAGUUCGUCCUGCGGCAGCAGUGUGGAAUAACUGUAACCCGUUCAAAAGUUGCAGUUUGAUUUGACAUUUCUAAGUGAGCGCAUUUUACUGAGCCGACUGCUGAAGGUCCUAAAAAAUAGUUCACAUAUUUGCAAAAGACUUUCCUUAUGAGGAUGAAUGCAAUUGUCUGAUGUCACCGUUGCACAUACGCAAGAAUGAACCAAACAAUAGAGAAAGACCUGUAUGCUGUCCUGGGGGCAAACCCCUCAGACUCAGUCCAGCAGCUCAGACACAGGUACCAGCAGCUGGCCUUACAGUACCACCCAGACCGUCUUGGAGGGGAUUGUUCUUCCGAAGCAGAGUCUGGUGUGAAGAAGUUUCUAGAAGUUGAUGCUGCAUGGAGGGUCCUUAGUGACCAAACCACUAGGACACAAUAUGACUUGCAAAGACGAGCAUGGACACUGAAACAGGAUUGGCCAAUAGAUUCCACAGUCUAUGUGGAUGACAUGACCUGGGAUGAUGAUCAGGGUCUAUAUACACACUCCUGUCGCUGUGGAGGAGAAUUCAGUGUCACUGAGGAGGAACUAGAGGAGGAGCCACAGAGGAAGCAGCAAGAUGAAGGUGAAAAGGAAACGGAGGAAGGACAGCACAAAGGAGCAAUUGUUUGCUGUGAUACAUGUUCUCUCAGUGUGCAUGUGACGUGGUCAACUGAUGAAAAGGCUCAAAAAUGUCAGUAAUAUUAAUACUUUUUUUUUUUUUUUAUAAUUUCCAACUGUGACUCUGAGCCUUUCUUAUAAUCAUUAGUGUUGACAUUUUCCUUUCAAGUGUGCACCAGUCAAUUAUAUGAUCAAUACUGGCUUAAAGCUGAGACUCAGCUCUUAAAUGUAUUGCAUUAUCCACAAACCUUUAUUUUGGAAUCCCCUAUUUUCGGUAUCUCAAAUGUAAUUGGAGAAAUCGACACUAAACAAUUUUAUACAAUACUACAAUAUUAUAGCAAGCACAACUUCUACCACAACAAUCCGAUGAUCACCUGUAAGCAGAUCUUGAAGAAAGAACUCCCUUUUAACAGGAAGAGACCUCUGACAAGAGCAGGUUCAGCGUGAGUGAUAAAGAGACGAGAUAAGAAAACUCAGUGGUUUUAACCUUGUGGAGAAAAUAUUUUCUCUUAAAGUUUUCUCUUCAGGGUAGACUUUGAUAAAACUAUGCCUACCUCCUACAGCAAGGGUGUCAAACACGCGGCCCGGGAUCCAGAAUCGACCCAGCAAAGACUCCAAUCUGGAGCACUGGAAAGCUUUGGAAAAUGUGAAAGGGGGCAUGGAUUUUGAAAUUUAACUGUAAUUCCAUACAGUUGAAAAUCUAUGGAAAGUAUAAUUCCACUGUGUUCUUGAUAGCCAGCUUUUCCUGCUUAUUAAAACCUCUCUCACAGCCAUUCAUGCUACAACAAAGUAGUUAUGAAACAGAUAAGCAAUUAAAGAAAAAAACCCUGUUUUUUGUUUUGUUUUUUUGUUGUUGUUUGUUGUUGUUUAUAUGUAUAUAUGUAUCGCCUUAAACAGUAUUUGGAUGUGCAGUAUACAGUUGUAUUUUAUUUAAUUGUGCCAUUUCACUGCAACGUUUUCACCCUUCAGCUGUAAAACCCUGAUGGGACAUUGUCAUCCUUCCCUGGUGGCGAGGCGGGCGGUAUGGCCAACCAAGUUUGUGAAUGCAGUAACUUAAGAACAAGAUGAUGUAGGAUUUUUGAAAUUGGUACCAUUAGGUGCAUACUAAAAAUCUUGGAUGAGUUUGAAACUUGUGAACUCGAACUCAAGGACAGAGGUUUUCUAACGAUUGUGUGAAUGCUUUAACUCAAGUAAGUCACCAUAGGUCCCGCAGGUUUUAGAUGUCCUUGAUCCAACACAGCUGAUUGAAAUGGCUAAAUUACCUCCUCAAAUUACCUCCACCUCAAGCGAAUGGAUGGAUGGAUGGAUGGACCUCCUCAA